CUCCAGUCUAAGGUCAAAGACAUCGAAAUGGUUGCUUUCUCCUCCAUUCUCCUCGCCGCCUCGACAGCCAUCUCUGGAGUCUUCGCCCUCCCCGGUGAGCUCCCCGGUCAGGGCAGCCUCUUCAAGCGUCAGACCUACACCUCGUCCGCCACUGGCACUCACAACGGCUACUACUUUUCCUUCUGGACCGACGGCCAGGGCAGCGUCCGGUACACCAACGAGGCUGGCGGUCAGUACACUGCCACAUGGUCGGGCAACGGCAACUGGGUCGGUGGAAAGGGUUGGAUGCCCGGUACUGAUCGCACCAUCAACUACACCGGCACCUACUCGCCCAACGGCAACUCGUACCUCGCCGUCUACGGCUGGACGCGCAACCCGCUCAUCGAAUACUACGUCGUCGAGAACUUUGGAACCUACAACCCCAGCACGGGCGCCACCCGUCUCGGGUCCGUCACCUCAGACGGCGGCGUCUACGACAUCUACCGCACCCAGCGCGUCAACCAGCCCUCCAUCGACGGCACCGCCACUUUUUACCAGUACUGGUCCGUCCGCCAGCAGAAGCGUACGGGCGGUAGUGUCAACAUGAAGAACCACUUUGACGCCUGGACUAGGUCCGGUCUCACGCUCGGCACCCACAACUACCAGAUUGUUGCUACCGAGGGAUACUUUUCCAGUGGCAGCAGUACUAUCAAUGUUGGUGCCAGCGGCGGCAGCGGCGGCGGCGGUGGUGGCACUACCCCCGAGAACCCGGGUACGACUACCACUCCUACUAACCCUGGCAACGGAGGAGGCGGUAGCUGCGCAGCUAAGUGGGGACAGUGCGGUGGUCAGGGAUGGAGUGGUGCUACUUGCUGCCAGUCUGGAUCGACUUGCCAGGCUGCUAACCAGUGGUAUUCGCAGUGCGUGUAAGCGGGCGGUUGGGUCUGUCGAGGAAGUGGUGAUGUCUUGUGGAGAGACGAAUCUUGCCCAAUCUUGAAGCGGGACUGGAGGGACGCAAUGGUUAGCUUGGAGGUCAAGGAUGGAAUGACUUGAGGGUCUCGAGGGAUGACUUUUGAGGCCUGGAUGUUCUCGGCUUUUUGCGUUGAUGUUGGUACCGUGGCCGGUCUGUUGGCUUCAAUUUGCAGACAGAUUGGGAAGCGCCUCGUUGGCGCGUGUUGGUUCUCGGAUCGACUCGCAUUCUUGUAUAUAGUUAUCUGAUGCUUGUGGUUACGUGAGCUGUGCAAAUAAAAGAUGUUGAAUAAG